AUGGAGAGUCUGGACCAGACCAGGAGUGUAUGCAGUGAUAUGCCUCUGGGGUCGAUUCAAUGGAUCACAGCGACGACAUGCAGAUUUUGUAAGGAAAUACCCUGCGGCUGGCAGGAGCUCGCCUGCAUUUACUGCACAUCACAGAUAUCAUCGUCAUCAAAAACUCAAAUACCAGCCAUCGCCCAGCCUCCCGAUGAUGCAGUUCACGGAAACCAAGCAUUACGAUCCCCGUCCAAUACGAUUCCCAACAUAUACCAACCCCCCUGCUCAGUAUUAAGACAGGGUACCACCUAUAACCAGCACAACCAUCUUCCCUGCCCGAAAAGUCAAAACGAGCCGACCAAACGCGCGCUACUUUCCUGCUAUGCAACAUACACGAGAAAGCGCUACUCCCAGAUUGAGCAUGUACACGCGGGGGACACUCCCCCCACGCGAUCGAGUCCAGGAAGUGCUGUUGUGUACAAACCUUGA